GCCAUUUGGGAUGAGAAAGCUUACCAAAAACCAGAGGAUCAAUCCAUUUCUUCAUUUCGAAGAUGAACCAGACAAAGGAGGAAUUGGAAGUUUAAUUGAUCCAUGUUACAAGUGCAACAGUAUUGAAGAUUCACUUGAUAUGGAAAUGUGUUGGAAAUGCCCGAGAUGACCAUUUUGAGGCAAUGUCAGAAUUUGCCAAGUGGAUUGCAAGUAUCGGUGAUGGACUUGCUGGGGAGGAAAAUGAUGGGGUUGGCCAGUGGACAUUCCUUUGUGGGUUCUUUUUCUCUCUAUGGGAAUUUGAGGCUCCGGAGGUCAAAAACAAUUUUUUGCAGAAAGAAAGAAGAAUGGGAUUGAAGAUUGGAUUGUCGUGCUUAAUCUUGGGAUUGUGUUUGAUCAUCGUGAAUCUCACCUGGUUGUGUGAGGCAGGGGAGACCAGUAGCUAUACGAGGAACAGUAAUGUGUCCGAUAUUUGUGAUAUGCCAUUGGAUAGUGAUGUCUUUUCAGUCCCUCCUGGAUACAAUGCGCCCCAGCAGGUACAUAUAACACAAGGGGAUUAUGAAGGCAGGGCAGUGAUCAUCUCUUGGAUCACACCUCAUGAACCUGGCUCCAACACAGUCACUUAUUGGGCUGCUGAGAACAGCAAUGUCAAGAACCACACUGAUGGAGUCGUUGUGACGUACACAUUUGGUAAUUACACGUCUGGCCAUAUCCAUCACUGCACCAUCAAGAAUUUAGAGUAUGAUACAAAAUACUAUUAUGAAUUGGCGGGGGGACUGGGUGAUGAUUCUACGACCCGGCAGUUUUGGUUUGUUACUCCUCCUAAACCAGGACCCGAUGUUCCAUAUACAUUUGGUUUGAUAGGGGAUCUUGGUCAGACCCAUGAUUCAAACAACACGUUAACGCAUUAUCAAUUCAACCCAGUGAAAGGACAGUCUUUGCUAUUCGUAGGAGACCUGUCCUACGCGGAUAGGUAUCCAGAUCACGAUAACAAUAGGUGGGAUACAUGGGGAAGGUUUAUAGAGAGGAGUGCCGCUUAUCAGCCGUGGAUUUGGACGGUUGGAAAUCAUGAGAUCGACUCUGUCCCUCACAUUGGUGAAACUGUACCAUUCAAACCAUACACGCAUCGGUUUUUCGUGCCAUUUGAAGCAUCAGGGAGCACUUCUCCAUUAUGGUACUCUAUAAAAAGAGCUUCGGCACAUAUCAUUGUCAUGUCUUCUUACUCGGCUUUUGGUGUCUACACACCGCAGUGGAAAUGGGUGGAAGGCGAACUGCCGAAAGUGAACAGAAGUGAGACGCCGUGGCUGAUUGUGCUCAUGCAUUGCCCGAUGUACAGUAGCAACGCACACCACUAUAUGGAAGGGGAAGCAAUGCGAGUGCUGUACGAACCAUGGUUUGUGGAGUACAAAGUUGAUGUUGUCUUUGCCGGUCAUGUUCACUCUUAUGAAAGAUCCGAACGUGUGUCGAAUAUUGCGUACAACAUUGUGAAUGGAUUGUGCACUCCUGUAAAAGACGGAUCUGCCCCUGUCUAUAUAACCAUAGGAGAUGGAGGGAACUCGGAAGGAUUAGCUAUCGAGAUGACAGAGCCACAGCCAAGUUACUCGGCGUAUAGGGAGGCGAGCUUUGGGCAUGGGAUGUUGAAUAUCAAGAACAGGACACAUGCCCAUUUCGGUUGGCAUAGGAAUCAAGAUGGGUUCGCCGUGGAAGGUGACUCGUUGUGGUUCAUUAACAGGUAUUGGAAGUCGUCGGUCAAGGGCGCCGGGCGGGCCACCAUAUGAUGGGUGGAUGUAUCUGUGGUGUGGAGGAAGAAGAGAUGCAUCUGAUUAGUAGUUUGUGUACCAUUAGUGUUGCUUGUCUUCUUACUCUAUAAGACUUGAGAAUGCACAAAUAAUAUCAUGGUUGCUCUAAAAUGGUUGGGUAAGGCUUCAUUU